UUUAUUUUGAAGGAUGUGUGUUAGCAUUUUCACUGUCUUGGUUCCUAGAUCUUUUGCGUGUAAAUAUAAUAUCCUCAGUAUGUUUUUAUGAAAUUGCGUAAAUAAUUACAUUGGGUUUAAUUUUAAGGUUCCAUAAAGCGAAAUAUUUGUGGUUAUCGCUGGAAGAGCAUCGUAUAUUUCAGACGGCACUCGACGCAGUUCCGCUGGCUUUACUCCUCGUGUGUGGAGCUCGUCUUCCCAGGGCAGGUACCGCCAAAUGAGAUGGCAGUGUAAAGUCUGUGGAUUCAGAGCGACAACAAGGGGUGAUCUUCUGCAGCAUUACAGACUACUGCACAGGACGUUUGAGAUUGGAAAUUCGGCCACCUGACAUGGAUUCAGCAAUGCUCCGGGUCCUUUUUGGGCACAGAAUAGAGAAACUGACUCUUCCAUCCGGAAUACCAGAGACAAUGGAGGAGCUGAACUUGGCCAUCAAACAGACAUUAAGUAUAACCGACAACUUCAGCCUGCAGUAUUUAGAUCCAGAUUUUGGUGACUUUUUUACUCUCAACUCCACUGCUGAAAUUACCCACAAGGCCACAAUUAAGGUUGUGACAAUCAAUCCAGUUGUUCUCAGUUUGUACCCAUUACCACUCAAUGACAGCUACGAUGAAAGUUUCACCUCAGAGCAAUCCCAUGAUCCUGCCUCCACAAGUUCCACUGUACAAGACUCUUGUGGCUCGUGUGAGUCAUCAUCUGAAAGCUCAGCCAUCAUUUCAGCAAGCAGCAGCCUACAAAAGAAACCAUGGCCAACUGAUUUCAUUAUUCCACGAUUCUCUGUUGAAACCGAAAUGAUUCUUGAAAGAGCAAAUGAAGUUUAUAGAAAAGAGGGCACACUGCUGACUAUGCCAAACAUCAAGUCCGAUAUACUUGAAAAGUUAGCUCAGUCCAUUUAUACAUACACUCCCUAUCCAUCACUCCAGAAUCGUCUUUCUGUCGCUGAAGCACUUAUCAAGGCACACCCAUGUCUCAAGGAUCCAGGCAGCUCUUCAGGCGUCAUUGGUUGGCAGAAUAGUAUUAAAUACAAGAUGGCUAACUACAGAACCAAGUUAAGAGGCUUUGGUAUUCCAGAUGUUACAUGCAAUGCUCUAAAACAUAAAUGCCCUGCUGACAGGAAGUCUGCAAAAAAUGUAAAAAAGGCAAAAAGGGCAGAGGUCAAUUAUCUGCCACCCUACCCAGCUGGUGAAAAUGAGCAGAGCUUGGAGAAAGUAAGGGAAGAGCUGGUCACAGAGUCAAAAAAGAAGAACAACGAAAAUGUAGUCAAAGACCAAAUGAGCAAAACAUUUGCCCUCAGACGACAUGAAAUCAUCAAUCUGUGUCCAACUGUUCGAGCCAUGAAGGACCGCUGGCCUGCCCUGUUUGACCCUUCUCAAAUCAAUGCAGAAUUUCAAAGAACAACUACUGUACUUCUGGAACCGAAAUUUAUGUCUGCGUUAGACCGUCACACUCCCAAGCUACUGAUGCUAUUUCGUGCCAAAGGUGGAGCACUUGGAAGAAGACUGGAGAUCAUAAUGGAACUGCUGCAGGACUCAGUGCACUCUUCGAUUGAGAGGACCAGAGAGGUUGUUCUCCGGUGUCUUAUAGAAUACCUUGGAGAACAAGGGGGACAUCUCAUCAAAGAAUUCAACGACAAGGAGAACUUGGAGGAACUUGAACAGCUCAUAAUGGCCAUUACUGUGACACCAAAGCCUGGAGCUUCUACAAGCAACAGCCUAAAAAACAUUGGGAUCGUCAUAGAGGGCGUGGAAGUCAUCACAGGACUUGGAGAUAUUGCAAGGGCUUGCUCUCUCCUCCUUGGCUUGACCUACGCGCUGAAUCUUGAUUAUCCCACACAGCUAAAGUACACCUUUGAGGUCUUCCAAAAACUUUUCUUGGAACUGGAUGAUUCAAAGCUUUCAAGCAAAGUCCAGUCUCUCAAGAGCAAACUUCAGGCUUGAAAUGAGACUGUAUUGCUGUGCAGACUUUUGUGCUACACAAUGUUUAAAAGUGCUAUGUUUGUAAGUUUGCACUGAUUUGUCCCACGAAUGUCGUGACAUUUCAAUUGAUGUAAGUUCAAAGUACAAAUGUAUUUUAUUCUGUUCAAUUUGCACUUUUAUUAUUUAUGUUUUGGCACAUGCCAUUAUGGAGUAUUCUCCUUUUAAGAUCUUCAUUGCUCUUCUUUUUCUUUUCUUUUUUUAUAGUUUGAAGUCAGCAUUUUGGCCUUUUUCAAAUUUCUGGUUUCUAAUGCAUGAGCAAACUUCUGGCUUGAAAAUGAGACCGUAGUUGGAGAGUACAUGUUUUGCUACACAAUUUAGCAAAAAUUUGAAAGUCCUAUGUUUGAAAGUUAGCACUGAUUUGGACUCUUAUCCCAUGAAUGUCAGCGAGAUUUCUAUUUCAAGGUACAAAAUGUUUUUUUUUACUUCGUACAAAUUUCAAUUUUCUGCUUUUGUUUUGGUACAUACACGUCUGGAGGAUUUUUCUUUAAGAUCAAUAUUGAUUCAAUUUAGUGGCUAAGUGAGGUCAUAAAGCAUGCAAACUGGUUUAUGGACACAUCACCAUUCUGUGUCAUUUAUUUUUGUUUUUACAAAAUAGUUUAAAGUCAGCAUUCUCUCCUUUUUCAAAUAUCUGGUUUGAAAUGUAACUGUGGUUGCAGUGUUCAAUGGUGUACUGCAAUGUGUUUAAAGCACAGAAGUGAAUUAUUAAUAAAUUCUUGAGUAUUU